UUUAGCGGGGAAGCCCUAGAUAAAAUAAAACCCUUCCCCAAACCCAAAACCUCGACUCAUUUUGUUCCCUCAAACCAGAGAGCGGAAAAGAAAACCCUAGAGUCCGCCAAAAUGUCGAUGUCCAAGAGUUCGAAGAUGCUCCAGUACAUCAACUACCGGAUGCGAGUAACAAUUCAAGACGACCGUCAACUAGUAGGCAAAUUCAUGGCAUUUGAUCGUCACAUGAACUUAGUCCUCGGCGAUUGCGAGGAGUUUCGCAAACUUCCGCCAGCCAAAGGCGGCGGCAAAGCCAAGAGCAAUACAAAUGAAGAUCGUGAAGACCGCCGCACUCUCGGACUCGUCCUCCUCCGCGGGGAGGAAGUUAUUUCUAUGACUGUUGAGGGUCCGCCUCCUCAAGAAGAGUCACGCGCUAAGGCUGUUUCUGCUGCUGCUGUCGCGGGUCCCGGCAUUGGACGCGCUGCGGGCCGUGGAAUACCGACUGCUCCUCUUAUUCAAGCUCAGCCUGGCCUUGCCGGUCCGGUCCGAGGUGUUGGUGGGCCUGCUCCUGGUAUGAUGCAGCCUCAGAUCUCUCGUCCUCCCAGUGUCAUGCCGCAACUUUCGGCUCCUCCUAUGAAUUAUCCAGCUGGCACCGGUGCGGCUCCUGUUAUUAGACCGCCUGGACAGAUGCCACCUGGUUCUUUUCCUCCACCGCAGAUGGGAAGGGGCGGCCCGCCUCCUCCGCCUCAGUUUGGAGGUGCUAGGCCACCACCUGGUCAGGGUUAUCCUAUGCCUCCACCACAGUUUGGGCAAAGACCUAUGGGAAUGCCUCCUCAGCAGCCACCACCACAGGGUGGGCCACCACCUAUGAUGAGAGGCCCUCCUGGCCCUCCUAGACCUGGAAUGCCGCCUGGUGGCCCCCCUCGUGGAAUGCCUCCUCCUCCUGGUUACGGACCGCCUCGUCCCGGUAUGCCUCCUCCACAACAGCAGAAUCAGCAGCAAUGAUUGAUAGGCUCAGGGUUUGCUAUGAAAAAAUAUGGGAUUACGAUUGCUUACGGGCUCGCCCAGCUGAGGAAGAUUGCUUUUCAUUCUGAGUUUUGCCUGUGGUGCUAGUGCAACAGCUAAUGUAAACUUUGAGCUAUAAUGUGUAUCCUCCUCAUAUAGUCUAGGAUUUUGUUAAUCUGAAUGGUACUUAAUAUUCCGGCUUGAGUAUGUUAACCAAAAGUUACAUUUGCACUUGUUAUCAUUAGGCAAAAAUUCCAUCUUGAUGCAGCAUUUAAUGAAUAUAUUGUGGGAUAAA